AUGAAGAGGAAUACAUUGGAUAUGAGGAAGAAGAAGAAUCAGGAGGUCGGAAAGAAAGAAAUCGCUGAGGACUGGUGCUUUGUUUGCAAAGAUGGUGGUUCCUUACGUGUUUGCGACUACAAUUUUGGAAGCUUGAGUGGUGAAAGGGAAAAACAUGAUUGUAAUUUGGUUUAUUGGUUGCAGAGGGAAAGAAAGUCAUGUAAUGAAAUUAGCAUGCAACAAUUUCCCAUAGUUGGUGUUGCAGUUUCAAUUAUGGAACUUCAACUUUUUUCCUUUUUUAUUUUGACAAGAUGGCAUUCUUGUUUCAAUUGCAAUAAGCCUUCAAAGUAUCAUUGCUUUUUCUGUCCAAGUGCUGUGUGCCAACAUUGUUCCAAUAUUCUUGAGUUUGCACGUGUUAGAGACACCAAAGGGUUCUGCCAUAACUGUCUGAAGCUUGCACUACUUGGAGAGGCAAACAAAACCGAAGACUCUGAUGAGGAAUUUGUAGAUUUCAGUAAUAGAGACACAUUUGAGUGCCUAUUCUUGGAAUACUGGCUUAUAAUUAAUUAA